AAUACAAUCAUUGGUAUACAGACAAAAGACCAAGUUCUGCCCAUCCAAGAGGCCGAUGGAGACACCCAAUCCUCCCCCACUUCCCUUCCCCUCUCGCCUCUCAACCCGGACCCCUCUGUAUAUAACUCAGCUAAGAGCCUCCUGCAACAGCCAAGAACCUCGCUUUUCUCUCGCAGGAAAUGGUGUUUUUGGAAGAAUAUCUUCAAAGAUUUGUGGGUUUGGGAUGGUUCUGCAGUACAAGAGCUCCUAUGGUUUCCACCAUCUUCACAGUGUUGGGUGUGGCACUAGUAUUUGGGUACUUUUAUGGACCUUACUGGGGUGUGAGAAGGGUACCUGGCCCACCGGCCGUGCCUUUUGUAGGGCACCUCCCCUUGCUGGCUAAGUAUGGCCCUGAUGUCUUCUCAGUCCUUGCAAAACGAUAUGGUCCCAUUUUCAGGUUUCACAUGGGUAGACAGCCACUGAUAAUUGUUGCAGAUCCGGAGCUUUGUAGGGAGGUAGGAAUAAAGAAAUUCAAGGACAUUCCAAACAGAAGCAUACCUUCUCCCAUCUCGGCCUCCCCUCUUCAUCAGAAAGGACUCUUCUUCACCAGGGAUGCAAGAUGGUCAACCAUGCGAAACACAAUAUUAUCAGUCUAUCAGCCAUCACACCUUGCCAGCCUAAUACCCAAAAUGCAAGCAUUUAUUGUAUCUGCAACGCAAAACCUUCACUCGUUUAAAGAAGAAGAUAUCACCUUCUCAAACCUUUCCCUCAAGUUGGCCACUGAUGUCAUUGGACAAGCAGCCUUCGGUGUUGACUUUAGCCUUUCUAAACCACAGACAAUCAGUGAUUCAGUUGACAUUGUGGAAAACAGGAGUGAUGAUAAGGAAGUCUCCGACUUCAUUAAUCAACACAUCUACUCCACAACACAACUUAAAAUGGACUUAUCUGGCUCAUUUUCAAUCAUACUGGGUCUACUUAUCCCCAUACUUCAGGAACCAUUUAGGCAGAUCCUGAAGAGACUACCUGGAACUAUGGACUGGAAAGUCGAGCGCACUAAUCAGAAACUGAGCGGCCGGCUGAAUGAGAUUGUGGCAAAGCGAAUGAAAGAGAGGGAUAUAAACUCAAAGGACUUAUUGUCACUCAUAUUGAAUGCGAGGGAGUCACAGCCUGUUUCUAAGAAUGUCUUCACCACAGACUACAUUAGUGCAGUUACUUAUGAGCACUUGCUUGCUGGAUCAGCCACCACAGCCUUCACAUUGUCUUCAGUUGUCUACUUAGUUGCCAGACAUCCAGAAGUCGAGAAGAAGAUGCUUGCAGAGAUUGACGGAUUUAGUCCACCUGAUCAGAUGCCAAGUAGUCACGAUCUCCAAAACAAAUUCCCUUACCUUGACCAGAUCAUUAAGGAGGCCAUGAGGUAUUACACCGUUUCCCCUCUAGUUGCAAGAGAAACAUCGAAGGAGGUAGAGAUAGGAGGUUAUCUUCUCCCAAAGGGGACAUGGGUCUGGUUAGCACUCGGAGUUCUAGCAAAAGACCCAAAGAACUUCUCGGAGCCAGAGAAGUUCACUCCAGAGAGGUUUGACCCAAACUGUGAAGAAGAGAAACGAAGGCAUCCCUAUUCUUUCAUACCCUUUGGGCUCGGGCCACGAUCAUGCAUCGGCCAGAAAUUCUCCCUUCAGGAAAUAAAGCUCUCUUUGAUUCAUUUAUACCGGAAAUAUCUUUUUCGACAUUCACCCAACAUGGAAGAACCACUGGAUCUUGAGUAUGGCAUCAUUCUCAACUUCAAGCAUGGGGUCAAGCUUAGAGUCAUAGAGCGAACGUGAAAUUUGUUCAGACAUUGCUUAGUAAACUUUAAGUAUGGGGUAAAGCUUAGAGUGAUGCACCCAAUAAGAAAGUUUAGAUUGCCUUUGUUCAUACGAUUGUAACCUCGUAUUACUAAAAGAUUUAUCAUGCAGCCAUGCCAUCUACAUAAGCUACCUACUUUUAUACUGUGACUUCUGCUAAACAAAGACAGGGUAUUAAUGGAAAGGUCAUGUUGUCGACCGGCAUUCUAUGGCAA